GAAACUUGCGCCGCCUUCAUAUCUGCUUCUGCUCUCUCUAUCUCUUUGCCCACAAACGUCUACCCAAAACUAAGGAAGACAUAUAUAUAUCCGAUCCCGCGGCCGCUGUACUAUAUCUCUGUCUUGUUUCAACAUUUUGUAGAAAAUAGACUGAAGACGUACAAUGGAUAUUAACACGCAUUUCUUCUUCGGAAUCUUUGGAAACGUUGCUGCUAUGCUCCUCUUCUUGGCCCCAACGAUUACUUUUAAGAGGAUCAUAAGGCACAAGUCGACAGAAGGGUUUUCUGGCAUUACAUACCUGAUGUCCUUUCUCAGUUGCCUCCUUUUCGGAUGGUAUGGCCUUCCAUUUGUAUCCCCUCACAAUUUUUUAUUAUCAACAAUCAGUCUCACCGGUGCCGCAAUCGAGUUCAUAUACGUGGUGAUCUUCAUCCUAUAUGCCCCCAAGAAAGAGAAGGCUAAGAUUUUGGGGAUCCUGACGAUUGUGCUCACUAUGUCAUCAGCCGUGGCCUUAGUGUCCCUCUUUGCCCUGCGUGGCAACACCAGGAAACUCUUCUGUGGCUUUCUUGCUACCAUAUUCUCCGUCAUCAUGUUUGCCUCCCCUCUGUCAAUUAUGAUGAUCGUGAUUAGAACUAAGAGUGUGGAAUUCAUGCCAUUUUUCCUGUCGCUGUCUGUGUUCUUGUGCGGCACUUCAUGGUUUAUCUAUGGUCUACUCGGUCGUGACCCUUUUGUUUCUGUGUCCAAUGGCUUCGGCUGCGGUCUGGGGGCCAUGCAACUGAUGUUGUACUUCAUCUACCGGGUCCGUGACAACAAGAAACCAACUCCUGAAGAAUCUGUGGAGAUGGGCCUUCCUAUACCUCAUCACCAAGAGAAGAAAUCCACCGCAAAUGGGUCAGCUCUGCAAGGGCACGACUAAAAUCUCCUGUUUGUAUCAUUGGACCACCCCCGCAUCAUUUUCAAUUAAUAAUCCUGUAAUUCGUGAACCAUUCGUAUCCAAUUCCCCUUCUGUAAGUUGUAGCUUUGCUCCUGUGAUGACAACGCCAUAUAAGAUGGUAGAUUGAUUACGAACAAAAAGUGGGAUAUUUCAGUGAAUCUUAUUGAUUCUAUUCUAGCGGAA